UCCCCCCGCAGCCGUCGGAGCCGCUCGGAGGCUGAUUCUGUGCGGAUAACGCAGCUCAGGAGCUCCAGCGAUGCCGCCGGCAGGAAAGGGAUAACAGGGAUAACACACAGCACAUGAGCCGGGAAGAAGGAACGGAGAGAAAAGCCGCAUCCCCGCCUCCAAGGAUUUCCCACCGCCAAGAGGGGAAAACAAGGGAGGAAGCGAGAAUUUUACUGGGGGAGGGAGCUCGGGGAGAGAGCGGGAGCCCGUGUGACUGUCUCCUGCCGCACACGCGAGUAUUUAUUAUUUUACUAAUCCGUGCCUGGAGUGUCUCAAGGAGCGGGGGACUCCCCGAGGUGGGGAGAGGAGGAGGGUGAGGGGGGGAAGACCCUCGGCCGGCUGCUCUGAGGAUGCGCCGCGCUCUGCUCCAUCCCUCCCCGGCGAGGAUGCUCCAGGGGCGGGGAGGCUGCCCGGGCGUGCUGCUCCCCAGUGCCGAGAGGAUGUAAGCCCCCAAAUCCCUCCUUUCACCUCUUUUUUUUUAUUUAUUUGGGGGUUUAUUGCGCUUUCGGCACGGCGGGCAGGUGCUGGAGCUCCCGGGGGCCGGCGGGGGUGCGCAGGGCGCGGGAGGGAUGCGGAAUUUCGGGCGAGGGCGGUGUUAGAGGGGUGAGUUCCCCUCCCACGAGUGGGCCCAGCCAGUGAGAGGGGAGACCCCCACACCCCCGCCCGAGAAGUCGCCUCCCUGCGCACCCCGGCUGCGUUUCCCAGGCUCUCCUGGCGGUUUGCAGCUUUCAGGACCCGUCCGGAGCUCCACAGCAUCCUCGGGGAUGAAAAUCCUUCUCCCGACAAUGGAGAGACACUGGGAGAGAAAUCUCACGGGUGAAGGGGAACUUGCGGAGAAAUCCGGGGAUGGGGAGAUGGAGGCAUCGCCAGGACCGGGUGGUGCUGGGGGACAGCCGGAGCUCGGCUUUUACCUUUCCCUGCCAGGUAAAAAUCCCAGCAGCCUCGUGGGAGCUGCGCUGUUGGGAUAUCUCUCUUUGAAGGAGAAAGGAUCCCCCUCAGGCCUCUUCUUCCCUCCCUCGGAGAAAAGAUGCUCCACAGAACAGGGAUCUAAACCCGCGGGGGGACUGGGGACACAGGCGACACCUCCAACUGCAUCGGAAUCCCACGGGGCCCUCGGAUUAAAGCUGUUACGUCAGUAAAUUUAAAAAAAAAAAAAAAAAAUCCGACAACAGAAAACAUAGCCCCAAACCCAAACCUGGACGUUUAUACAGAAAAAGAGCAUCACAAAUUCCUAAUAGCUAUGAAGCAGGGACAGAGGCAGAGCGAGCUCCUUCAGGCAGGGCUGGGAGCUGAGCUCGCACAAACAGCUCCCCGGUGGACUCGCCCCACGCUCCUGCCCUGCCCCGUCCCUUCGCUCGGCUCCGAGGGGGAAGACGCGGAGCUGCGAGCCCGCCGGCGAUGAGCCACAUCUACGGCAGCCACCUCUCCCCCCUGGGCAGCCCGUCCAUGGUUUACCUGCCGGCAGCGCUCGGCUUCGCCCCCGGGGGGGCGAUAUCCCGGCAGGACCCUCCCCAGAAACCCCCCUACAGCUACAUCGCCCUCAUCGCCAUGGCCAUCAAAGAGGCUCCGGAGCAGAAGGUGACCCUCAGCGGCAUCUACCAGUUCAUCAUGGACCGCUUCCCCUUCUACCACGACAACAAGCAGGGCUGGCAGAACAGCAUCCGCCACAACCUCUCGCUCAACGACUGCUUCGUCAAGGUGCCCCGAGAGAAGGGGCGGCCGGGCAAGGGCAGCUACUGGACCCUGGACCCGCGGUGCCUGGACAUGUUCGAGAACGGCAACUACCGCCGCAGGAAGAGGAAGCCCAAAGCCGCGGCCCCUCCGGACGCCAAGGCUGGCGAGCAGCCGGGGCCACCCGCUCGCCCCGUCGAGCCCAAGCGGGCCAAGGGCGGCGCGGCCGCGGCUCCGGGGGACGCGGCGCUCCCGCGGCCGGGCAGGGGGGGAACAGCGGCUUCCCCCGGGGGCCCGGCCCCGCUCCCCGCUGCUGCCGCCCCGCCGCACAAGAGCGGCCCCCGGGGCCGCAGCUUCAGCAUCGAGAGCAUCCUGGCGCGGGGGCUGCGGCCGCCGCCCCCCGGGGCAGCCCCCAAGGCGGCCCGGGACAGCCCCGCCGGCUCCCUGGUGGCCAGCGGCGGCUUCGGGCCGGCCCUCAACGCCUCGCUCAUGCUCGACUCCCAGGUGCACGGGAGGCUUUACCACAUCGGCAUCCCCUUCCUCUCCUGCUUCCCUCUGCCCUUCUCCGAGGCGGUGUUUAAUUUCCAGUAGGUGCCCCGCGAUUGACGCCCCCCGGCCCCGAGCGCUGCUCCGGGGGGCGCGGUGGGAGGGAGAGACCGGACUCAGACCUCACCAGGCGGGUAAAGACCUAAAACAAAACAAACCCCAAUGCGGUGUUUUAAAGGUGACUCAGGAUUUCAGGGCAUUUUUCAAGGCGCAUCUUGCUGCGGACUCUCUUUAGCGGGUGCCUCCCACCCCUCCCUGCCAGAGCGACUUUUGAAGGUAAAGCGGCUUUGUUUUCCCGUGGGCGGUGGAGGAAGAGGCAGCACCGGGGGAAUGCCCACGCUGGCCCCCAAGCCCCGUGGGAUUCGCUCUGCACCUUUAAUCUUUGCAUCCCUCAGGUUCCUCAGACCAGGUUAAUCUGGAGCCCUUCAGGUCUCUGUUUUCUUCUUUUAUUUUUCCUUUGAAAGCCAAGCCCCACCCCGGGAGGAGGAGGAGGAUGAGUUUUGUUUUGCCAUCAAUACCCACAGGUAUUAAUAAUGCCCAAAAUUUUGCCAUCAAUACCCACAGGCGCAUAAUAAUUCCUGAUAUUCCCCACUGGCCUAGGAGCUGAACUCAUGGCAGACCAAGCAAUCCAGGCUCAUCCUGAAUAUUCCUGCUUGCUUGGACCCAGCACGGCGUGGAGCUGCUUUCCUGCCCUGCACCGGUGCUUUGGAAUAUCCCCACAGAGUUUCUGCUCAUGGAUCUGGCCAAAAAGAGGUGGAUGGAUGAGCAAACAUGGACUUGUGUCUGCUUUCCAUGUCUUACUGGGAUCGGUUGCUUCUGACCAAAAAAGACUGAGGCAGGGUUGUGGAGGCCAGGACAAAUACCAGGGAAAAAAAUAAAGAGACAUCAGCUAUGUUUCUAAAGUUUUCUUUUCUUGGAAAGAAGGAAGACACAUUGCAAGAAAUCAGGAAUAUUUUGUAUUUUUGUUUGCCGUAAAUAGAGGCUUUUUGUAUAUUAGUGGAUAAAUGCCCUUUUGGAAAAAAACCAAAUUAUAUUCUCAAUUUUCAUUAUGGAACCAAACCUAUAUCCAAUAAAGGUAUAUUUG